AUGUACUUGGGAGAUGGUAGGCUUCAUAAGGAACACGGAGGGAGCGACUCUGGCAAGUGGAGCAAGCGAGUAGACGCCAUGGCAGCUUUCUUCUGGGAUUGGUUUGUGCAUCUGGUGCUGGCCAUUGCGAGCUGGAGACAUGCGCGUGGGUCUGCCCCAGGCAACAGCCGAGGCGACCUUGUUCUCACUGCCGAGGGUCCAAUUCAGGGCCGCUGCAGCUCGAGCAGCUGCGAGUACUUGGGAAUUCCUUAUGCCGCCUCGCCCGCCGGCCCACUGCGAUGGAAACCUCCGCAGCCGGUUUCUCGAUGGACGGAGAUCAGGCCGGCGAAGGAGUUCGGAGACGACUGCAUGCAGGUGAAGGGGGAGAGCAUCAUCGGCUCGGAGUCCUGCUUGUUCUUGAAUGUCUGGGCGUCAAAGCAAUGCCGCGCGUGCACGGUGAUGUUCUGGAUCCAUGGUGGGUCCUAUGUGACCGGUGGCACGCAGGACAUGUUUAACGGGACCGCCCUUGUGAGCUUUGCUGGGGACCUGGUCAUUGUCACCGUGAACUACCGUCUUGGCAUUCUAGGGUUUGCUGGUUCCGACGAGCUCCGCUCCCGAGAUCCUCGCGGGUCCACCGGAAAUUAUGGCCUGCAGGACCAGCGAGCAGCAAUGCAAUGGGUGCAAAGAAACAUUGCAGCUUUUGGUGGAGAUCCGCAUCAGGUGGUGCUUUUCGGUGAGAGUGCCGGCGCCGGUUCCAUUGCAGUGCACCUGACUUCACCUGACAGUUGGCCGCUAUACCGAAGUGCCAUUAUGGAGUCUGGGGCCUUCAGUUAUUGGAAUGCGCAGCCGAUGGCGGACGCCGAGCGCCAGUUUUCGGAACUGGUGGAGGCUACCGGCUGCAGAAAUGCCACUGCACCAAUUUCAUGCCUCGAAGGCAUUGAGGCUGAUGAGCUGACGGGACUUGCGACCAUCGAACUGAACCCGGAGCCUUUGCCAGAAGGAUGGAAGGCAUACGGGACGUUCUUCAGUCCAACUGUGGACGGCGUUCAGCUCACUGCAUUGCCAUGGCAGCUGCUAUCAGCAGGUGCAUUCAAGCAAGACUCUCCUGUUCUGCUCGGCUUCAACCGCGACGAGGGGACGGUCCUGGCAAGUUGUGAGGGGACUCCAAAGUGCGAGAUCUUGCACAAAGGUUCCAACAUGACGGAGAGUGAUUUCAUAGCCCUCUUGACCACGGAUAUGCUCAACAUCAGCCACGCACAGAUCGGUGAUGUCCUUGCGGUGUAUGCAGCUGAAGACAAUGCUUCCGUGAAAGACUGGUACUGGACUGCGACAGAAGUCUACGGCGACUACGCCAUUGCCUGCCCCACACUCCGCGCAGCUCGUCAAAUUUCCAAGAUGAGCAAGAAGGAGACAUUCCUGUACGAGUUCUGCCACACGCCAAAGGCAAAUGCCCCAAAUUGGGCUGGGAUCUUCGGCCAGGCUGGCACGGUGGGCGCCAGCCACGCAUCCGAACUUGGUUUUGUGUGGCUUGGAGGCGAUGGUUGGCAGGCUUCGAAAGGUGCUGCAGAGGGCGGAUGGCCAUUGUCUGGUAAGGACGAAUGGCUGCUUGCCAAAACAAUGGCGGCAUAUUGGACGAAUUUUGCAAAGACCGGCAACCCCAAUCAUCCCGAGGAUAUUCGCACCUCCCUCACCGUUCCAUGGACAUCCAUGGCCGACCAGACGGUCAAGGCGAUGCAGCUGAAGCUGUCGGGUCUCUCGAUGAAAGAGGACAUCUUGGCACGACGCUGUGAGCUCAUUGACUCGUUGGGACCCAUGGUGGAAGGCUACACGAUGUCCGGAGAUCGAAGACUCCAGAGCGCAAGCUUGCACAUGCCGAUUCUUGUUUGA